GAAACCUGGUGGGUCAGCUGCUGCUUGACGAGCGGUCAGAUGUUUUCUGGAAACGGACCAGCGGGUCGGUCUGAAGGACGGAGCGGCGCUGAUGGAGCCAGAAGAAGAAAACCUUUACGUCAACCUGGAGGACCUGGACGGAUCCAAACAGCAGCGACCCGAACACGCCGAAUGUGAACCAGGAGGUAAACCGGAGGAAACCGCCUCUGAGGGGGGAACCAGAACCGGAACCAGAACCGGGUCGUGUUUUAAAGUGGCCACUCUUUUUCUGGGACUGCUGAGUUUCCUCCUGCUGACGUCGGUGGUGGCGGUCGGCUUCCUGUACCAGAGAGAUUUCAGCCAGCUGAGCAGAGAGCUGGCCAAUCAGACGGCAGAGAGAAGCCAGGUGCUGCUAAUGCAGCAGAACCUGACCAAUCAGAGGGAUCGGCUGGACGCCCGUCUGAAGGCAGCAGAACUCGAUCUGGACCGGACGAGGAGCGGUUCUGGUGAGGGUUCUGUUCAGACAGAUCAGAGGCUGGAUUCUGGACUCAGCAGGAAUGUUUUGCCCUGCAGGAUGGAGGCGGUUCGGCUGCAGUUGUUACCUUCUGUCUUCGUCGCUGAGCGGCUGGGAAAGCAGCAGAGCUCAGUGUUUACUGACCGGAUCCGAUCUGGUGAUCAUCAACAGCCAGGAGGAAAUGGAGUUCCUGGAUCAGCUCGGAGCCCAGCUGAAGUUUUGGAUCGGGUUGAAGGAAGCGAGCCGAGGAUCCGGAUGGAAGUGGACCGAUGGAAGUUCUCCAGGAGUCACGUUCUGGACCCGGCAGACAUCUUGGCGCCGGCCCAUCAGAACCCAGAGCUGUGCAGCUUUUAACAGUGUGUCUGUGAGAGGCGGCCGGUCGUGGAGCGAAGAGUGGUGCCCUCAGCUGCUGCAGUGGGUCUGUGAGAAGAAGGCGUCCGCUUCCGGACGUCUGCAAUAGAAACCUUUAAAUCUUAUUGGAAACAUGAGCAAAGAUUCAUAUCAUGUAUUGAUGACUGAAUUAAUAAAACUGGCUUUUCAUGAAA